CCCCGCUGCCCAUGGAAGACAUCGCGAGAAUGGCUGACGAGUGCAUGAGGGACGUGGACGAGGAUGAAGAUAACAGUGACCUGGACGACGAUGAAGAUCUAUUGGCAGAGCUACAGGAAGUGGUGGGUGAGGAGGAAGCUGAGGAUGCUGUAACUGUUUCUUCCCCGUCCUCUGCUGCCACUGCUGAAUCUCCUCAAGCUGAGUCCCGGCCGCCGCCACCGCCGCCGCAGCAGCAGGAAGUAAAGGUCUCCUCAGCAGCGCCCGGCAGCCUCCAACACACCCUGGAGGAGAGAGUAGCCAUGUACAAGAUGGCCUUACAAAACGCCAAGACCGCAGGGGAGACGUCCAAAGCCCGGAGGUACGAUCGCGGCCUGAAGACUCUGGAGACGAUGUUAGCUGCUGUGAAAAAAGGGAGACCCGUGAACGAGGCAGAGAUCCCUCCUCCUGUUGCCACCGGAGCCCCGAGUGACGCCUCUCGUCCUGCUGCUCCCCAACGACCCCCUCCUCCUGUACCCUCACCUCCUGAAUCCAGUCCUUCAGAUCAGCCUGCUGUACCAGAGAUCGUCACACCCAGCAGUGAAGAAGAGCAGUCGUCUUCCUCCUCCCUGCCCGCUCUGAGCAGCGUCCCAUCUCCAGAGGAACCUGCCGACCAGGCUCAAACAGAGGCGAACGAGGCAACCAGGACGCUGCUCUUGGAGAGGCAGAAGGAAUACAAGAUGGCAGCUCUGAGAGCCAAGAAGCAGGGAGACGUGGAGCAAGCUCGGCUUUACUUCAAGACCAGCAAGAGGUUCGAUGCAGUGAUUGAGGCGUUGGAGAAAGGACAAGCAGUCGACCUGAGUGGCCUUCCUCCAUCUCCCGGACAGGGUUCAGUGAAGGAAACGUCCCCGGGGCAAAAAACAGAGGUCACCCAACCGGUUGCAGCAGCUCCAGCCUCUGACCCCCCAUCAGCCCCCGCAGCUCCCAAAGACGUGCUGGAGGCUCUCGAGCAGAGAUGGGCCAAGUAUGUGGAGGCGUCCAAUCAGGCCAAAGCCAGUGGGGACGACCGCAAGGCCCGAAUGCACGACCGCAUCGCCAAGCAAUACCAGAGCGCCAUCCGAGCUCACAAAGCAGGAAAAGCAGUAAACUUUGAGGAGCUGCCGGUUCCCCCUGGUUUUCCUCCGAUCCCGGGCCAGAAGGCGACAGGAGCCGAGCAGGGCUUCGUCGCUGCUCUGGUGGCAGCUGAUAAACUUACCUCCACCGAUGCUACCGAAAUAGCAGAUGAAGAAGAAGAUGAAGAGAAGGAAGAGGAGUCUAAGCCGGCUGUUCCACAGAAGCCCACGUUAAACGCUGGUCAAGGAAGGAAAAGGACUCCGUCAGCGUCACCUGACAGAACAGCAGCCAGGGACGGACUCUCACCAACAGCGGUUCAGCAGCUGGAGUUCCUGGAGGGCAGGAAGAAGCAGUACAUGAAGGCGGCUCUGCAGGCGAAGCAGAAGAACGACAUGGAGCAGGCCAAGGUUUUCCUCCGCGCCGCCAAGGGCUUCGACCCGAUAAUCGAAGCAGCACGCAGCGGCAAAACUGUGGACAUCAGCACGGUGCCGUCGCCCCCUGGUGACGAAGACGAGGACUUCAUCCUGGUUCAUCAUAGUGACGUGCAGAUCUCAGAGAAAGCAGAGCAGGUUUACACACAGCUGGCAAAGAUCCUCAAAGAGCAGUAUGAGAAAUGUAUGACUCACUCCAAGCAAUUCACACACCUGGGGAACGUCUCCGAGACAACAAAGUUUGAGAAGAUGGCGGACAGUUGUAAGAAGAGUCUGGAGGUGCUGAAGCUGGCGCAGUCGAGAGGUCUGCCUCCUCCUAAACAUCACUUUGAGGAGAGGUCGUUUCACACCGUCAGGAUAUUUCCGGAGCUGAGCAGCACUGACAUGGUUGUCAUUAUUGUCAAAGGGAUGAAUCUUCCAGCUCCUAGUGGAAUCCAAACAAACGAUCUGGAUGCCUACGUAAAGUUUGACUUCCCCUACCCGAGCGCGGAGCAGCCGCAGAAACACAAAACGGCUGUCAUCAAGAACACUAACUCGCCAGAAUAUAACCAGAGCUUCACCCUGUCAAUCAACCGUAACCACCGCGGCUUCAGGAGGGUGGUGGCGUCUAAAGGCAUCAAGCUGGAGCUGCUGCACAAAGGCGGUUUCUUGCGGAGCGACAAGCCGAUCGGGACGGCCCUCGUGAAGCUGGACAAACUAGAUUCACAGAGCGAAAUCAGGGAGAUCGUAGAGGUGAUGGACGGUCGGAAGCCCACAGGAGGUCGCGUCGAGGUGAAGAUCCGCCUGCGGGAGCCUGUGAGCGGACAGGACAUGCAGACGAGCACCGAGCGCUGGCUGGUGAUCGACCAGUCGAAGGUUCUCGUUUAGAAGCUGCUGCAAGAAACUUCUCAAUAUAAAG